GAGCUGGAUCCUGAGAGGGUGUCGGGCUACUGGCUGGGCGCCAAGGCCGCGAUGGCAGCACACGAGUACGGCGAGGCACUAGGGAUGUUUGACCAGGCCGUUGCCUGUGCGAGUCAGCUGGAGGAUGAGGCGGCGGCGGGGGUCUGGCAGAGGACGCUUGCUGAUAUCGAAGGCAGAGUGCCUGGUGACGCAUGCUGCCCAGUGGCAUGAGGAGGGCUUCUUUGGCCGCGUCAUUGAUGCCAGCAACGAGGCACUCGAUGUGUUGAUGCUGGUCGUCGAGAGCGACGAGCAAGGCGCCCAGGGAGUAUCUGGUGUGGAAGAUUGUGUGCUCAGGCUUGCGUCUGGAUUUCGAGAAUGCGGGCGAUGCUCGAUGGGCGAGCUGAUCUCGAGCGUGCUGAGACCGUUGGCCGCUUCAUUGAGGCUGCGAAGGCUGCUGGGGCGGAGCUGGAGGAGCCAGAGUUCUUGGCGCAGGUCGCAGCGGAGGCAGGGUGUCGCGGGCAGCACCGAUGAGCCCAAUGGGUAUGUGCGGCGGCUGUUUGUUUUGGCGGAGCGGUCGGCGCGGCAAGUGCAUUCUUCCUUGCAACGUCGACGUCACUGGCGUCGAUGGCGUGGGUGGAUCUGGGACAUAUUUACUUUGAGAUCAAUGCCCCCCAGCACCACGUCCUGCUGCACAAGCAGCCAGGCACAGGCCAACGCCAGGCUCGACAGUGCUGCUGGAGGCUGCUGGCAAGUGUGCGCAGGCAGCGCAGCAGCUGGACUCGAUGAGUGUGCGUGCUUACAAUAUGCAGGGAGUGGUGGCGACGAUGCUCCAAUCAGCCGGCGAUUGCGCAACACGCGUUUAUUGUUGCGUCACGACUGGCGCCGGGCAGCGCGGUCCCAUGGGUGAAUCUGGGAUUCCUGUACUUGCAGAAUGACGAUGUGGAGCUGG